AUGCCGGAGGGAAGAUCAAUCGCUUUGAGUUCUAAACCAGUGCCUUCAUAUCCGUAUUACUGCUUUCACUACUGCUUUCUUUAGUUGAUUUGCAGCUCCAGUCAAAACUAAGCAGGUCAUAAACCUGCCAGAUGCUGUCCCUCCUUUGAGGCGAGUAGUGUCAAUCGCUUGGAACGAAGCGUGCCGACGAAGACUUGGGGAACAUGUUUCACCCUGUUCGUGGUGGUACCCGCGGUGGUGCUGAUCAGUUCAACUGGGAAGACGUCAAGGAUGAUAAAUACCGGGAAAAUUAUCUGGGACACUCCCUUCGAGCACCGGUGGGACGUUGGCAGAAAGGCAAGGACCUGACGUGGUAUGCCAAGGAGAAGCAACAGGCUGCAUCAACAUCGAGACAGAGUGAGGUGGCAGCUGCCAAGAAAGCUGAAGAGGAGGCCAUGCUGGCAGCAUUGGGCUUCGCCACGCCAGCAAAACCGACACAUCAGCCACUGAGCAAAGCGGAGGUGACCGAAGCACUGCGCAGAGGUGAUGGCAGUAGAGAGGAGGGAGACGCAGACAGGAUCUCAGGUGUAGGUACCAAUGCAAGGGGUGACUUCUGUACUCGUGGGAAACGGCCAGCCGAAGGUGUGGAGUUUAUUUCCCAUGCAGCCACCUCACGAGAUCGCCGGGCAGAAAAAGAAGAGAGUUCCAGCAAGAAGCACAAGUCUGAGCACAAGAAAGAGAAGAAACCCAAGAAACACAAGAAAGAAAAACACAAGAAACACAAACACCGAAGCCGGCGGUCCCCCAGUUGAUGUCCAGUAUGCAGGUGUAAAGGUUAUUUAACCAACUUCAUGCCACAGUGCCGAACGCCUGUUUUCAUAGAAAUUCAUUAGGCUACAACUUGGUAUGAUUGCAUCAUGAAAACUAGUUGACAAGUACAAGGACUAAGAAAAAAAAUUUUUAAAAAGUGCCCACCUAGUCCGUGUGUCUGUGUACUGGUUUCCGUGAUGUAUCUUCUCAAGCUGUGCAACUU